AUGUCCACAGACCUGAUUGAAAAGGACAAAGCGAUGGACACACCAAUCGACCGGGCUGCGUCCGGUAUUGUCUUGGACAAGGACGGAAUCAAGGACAUUGAAGCCACCUGGACCCGACAGAGCCAAGUUGGGCAAUCGGCCCGUCUGCGGUCGUCCUGUUUGUCGGAGGCACUGCAGAGAGAACCGGGGACCAAGCAGAUGGUGGAUAGAAAAAUCGUUCGACAGCAAAUGUUGGACGAACUAGACGAUCGCACAAAGAAGGACAUACUGACGGACAAACACUCUGGAAAGCCGCGUGUCGUCGAGGGCGGUUUGUACUUGACGUCGACCUUGGUGACGCCUAAAGAGGAAGCGAAGCUGCGAAGAAUAGCAUCGACGAGAACUAUUCAUCCAGAAAAGCUGCAACAUAUACCAGAACAUACAUGGUAA